AGGCAAGCGCAGCGCGACGACGCGGCCGGGCACGCGACAAGGAGAGAAGGCAACUCUUGUCGAUCGGAGAGCGCGCCGCUCCACCGACGCAAGCAAGCGCGCUCGCUCGGUUGGCCGCUGGCGGCGUCGACCGGCCUGGAGCUCUCGGUUUUCUUUCGUUCCUCUACUGCUGAUCGGAUCGGAGCGACCUGCUAGCUUCGUCGAUCGGUCUGCCGCCGUCGUGUCGUCCAUGGCCAUGGCGGAGCGGUUCGAAGCACGGUGGCUGCCGUUCCGCUUCGUCCUCGCCGUGGUGCUCCUCGUCCUGACGACAGUUGCAGAUCGAGCAUCAGUGCUGCUGAGGGCUGAAGCGACUCCGAUCGGCAUCAACUACGGGCAGAUCGCCGACAACCUCCCCUCCCCGGCCCGGGUGUCGUGGCUGCUCCGGUCGAUGCAGGUCAGCAAGGUGAAGCUCUACGACGCGGACCCCUACGUGCUGAGCGCCUUCCUCGACACCGGCGUGGAGUUCGUGGUGGGCAUCGGCAACGAGAACGUGUCGGCGAUGGUGGACCCGGCGGCGGCGCGGGCGUGGAUCCAGCGCCACGUGCAGCCGUACCUCCCCGCCACGCGCAUCACCUGCAUCACCGUCGGCAACGAGGUGUUCAAGGGCAACGACACCGAGCUCAAGGCCAACCUGCUCCCCGCCAUGCAGUCCGUGUACCAGGCGCUCGCCGCGCUGGGCCUGCAGGGCACGGUGAACGUCACCACGGCGCACUCCCUCGACAUCAUGGGCAGCUCCUUCCCGCCCUCCGCCGGCGCGUUCCGCGCCGACGUCGCGCCGUACCUGCAGCCGAUCCUGAGCUUCCUGUCCAUGGCGAGGUCGCCGUUCCUCAUCAACUGCUACCCCUACUUCGCCUACAAGGCCGACCCCGGCAACGUGCCGCUGGAGUACGUGCUCUUCCAGCCCAACGCCGGGGUCACCGACACCAACACCAGGCUCAACUACAACAACAUGCUCUACGCCCAGGUGGACUCGGUGUACGCCGCGAUCCAGGCGCUGGGGCACGCCGACAUCGACGUCAAGGUCUCCGAGACCGGGUGGCCGUCCAGGGGCGACCCCGACGAGGCCGGCGCCACGCCGGAGUACGCCGGGACGUACAUCGGCAACCUCCUGCGGAGGAUCGAGAUGAAGCAGGGCACGCCGCUGCGGCCGUCGGUGCCCAUCGACGUCUACGUCUUCGCGCUGUUCAACGAGAACCUCAAGCCCGGGCCGGCAUCCGAGCGGAACUACGGGCUCUUCUACCCCGACGGCACGCCGGUGUACAACGUCGGCCUGCGGGGGUACCUUCCACCCAUGGAUUACUCGCAGGGCACGAGAAAGAUGAGAUGAUGAGACCUGACAAGAAACGGCGCAUCGCUUUCGUCCUCUGCAGGCGGUUCAUUUGCUUGCCCUCAUCCUCAUAGCCGUUGCUGCGAUCGCUCUCAGCUUAUCCUGAGAGGAUAUACUGGUGACGACUGCGUUAAAGUUGAUGAAGAAAGCGUGGAGCCCAAGGAUUUCUUGCUGCUGGGAUUACACCUGCAGACCUCAAGGGAAUCUCCAGAAGACGAACAUCAUCAGCUAUGAUUUCGAUUGGUGCAGACACACACAGCCAGCCAAAACAGAUGGAUUGUUUUUUUAGCAUCCAGGAGCCAAAAUUGGCUCCACACUGAUAGACUGAUAGUGAAGUAGAACUGACUGAAGAUUGGGGACGAUAAGUGGCCAUUGCACGCAUUGUUUUUUUAAUAGAAUUUUCUCUUUGAUUUAUUCGGGAGAUGUCUUCUUUACGCAACUGUACAUUUGUAUAUGGGUCGAACAGACAGGACAUUAAUUCAGGUCAAGGCUGGCCAUUGUUACCUCA